AUGUCGAAUUCGCACUCGACACCGAUUAAGGUGUCGCCCUCGGCGGCAGUCCACUCUGCUGCAACUCUUGACCCAGACCUUAGAUCUCAGAUCAAUACGCUUCUCCUGAAAGAAGGUCACGUCGAAAAGAUACAGGAUGCGCUCCUGCAUUCAUUGAAUGCUAACCAGACAAAUUGGCCCACACAAAUCCAGUCGCACGCUACGACACUCCUGCGCUCUGGCGACGUCACAACCUUUCCGGCCCUUCUGCGACGUGUACUUGACGACGUUCGUCACGACACGCUCGCACGGCCUCUCGAAGCAAAUCAGAAGACGAACGGCAGCAAGACCAACGGUACAGCUGCCACUGACACUACACUCAAUCUAUCCAUCCCUGCCGCCGUGACAGACGACAUGCUAAAAAUCGUGCGCGAGAGCCUGGAGGCUGUCUGUGAAAUUGAGGAGAGCAACGGGAGAUGA